CAGCGGAAAGGCCCGCCGCCAUCUUGGAUCGCGGGUGCCUGUGAGGGAAGAGGAGGGGCGGCGGCGACGAAAGAGGGAAGAAGGAGAAGGAGGAGGAGGAGAAAGAGACCCCGCCGCCGCCCGUCGCCCCCUUUGCGCCUUCCGCGGCUCCUGCCCGGGGACGAAACGCUGCUGUGGCCGCCGCUGCCUCCCCAGCCAAGCUGCCCAGUCACCAGCCCCUCGAGCCCAGUGCCACAAUGGCAACUGCACCUUACAACUAUUCCUACAUCUUUAAAUACAUCAUUAUCGGUGAUAUGGGUGUAGGAAAGUCCUGCUUGCUCCAUCAGUUUACAGAAAAGAAGUUUAUGGCAGACUGCCCCCAUACAAUUGGAGUCGAGUUUGGUACCAGGAUAAUUGAAGUUAGCGGCCAGAAAAUUAAGCUGCAGAUCUGGGACACGGCGGGACAAGAGAGAUUCAGAGCUGUCACACGGAGCUACUACAGAGGUGCUGCAGGAGCCCUUAUGGUUUAUGAUAUCACUAGAGGCGAGAACGUGGAAGACGCGUUCCUAGAAGCCGCCAAGAAAAUCUACCAGAAUAUCCAAGACGGGAGCCUGGACCUGAACGCAGCAGAGUCAGGGGUACAGCACAAGCCUUCGGCUCCACAGGGCGGGCGGCUAACCAGCGAACCCCAGCCCCAAAGAGAAGGCUGCGGCUGCUAGUUGACCUUGGUUCCUCGGCUCUGUCUGUGACCUUUCACCUCUGUCAAGAGCAGUGCUUUUUUGGGGGGAGGGUGGGGCUGCUUCCAUUUUCCUCUGCACAUCUUACCAGGUUUAAUUAAAACUCCCGAGGCAAGAGUUUAACACAAUACUAAACUGCUAAAAGAAUAAAAUAAAAAGAGAAAAAACUUAGAUGUAAUCAGGUUAUCAAAGGCAAGUAGAGUCAUACCCCCCAUCCCUGCAUGGUAAAUCUUAGACGUCCUUAUUCCCCCCUACCUCUCCCCUCCCCAUAAUCAAUUUGUCCUUGUGAAUAGAUGUCACCGAUUCAUGAUUUACAAAACAGAGCUCUGAUGCUGGACCUCAUGACUUUCACUCUCUCUCUCCCCUUCUUUUCUCCGCAGAGCUUUUGUCUCUCGUAAAGUUUAACUUUGGUAGCUUCAACUUUUUUCUCCCAAUCUGUAACUGGUCUGUCCUUUUUAGUAACAAAACAAAAAAAAAAAGAAAGGAAAAAAAAAAGAUUUGCUAUGAAACUAUUUCCAAGGGUAGAACGGGAUCCCGCGUGCAUUGCUUUCGUUGGGAAACUGGUGGUGGUGGUUAGGGUUUUUUGGCGGAGGGGGGAGGAAGACACUUAUCGCUGGGCCCCCUCCGUCUCGGCUUGGGACAUGGUGUGGAUUUAUCUCAUAUCCCAUGUCUUGAGGCUGCCGCCGCCGCUGUUCCCUAUUUUUACCCAUACGGGCCCUUAUUAUUAACCAAGCGUAAAUAUGUAUAAAUUUUGACCAAACCAAGCUACACACUCAGAUACAUCCUGUGUAUAUGAUUUUAAUGGAGGACGGGAAAUUAGAAACUUAAAAGUGUACAGCUCCACUAAAGAUGGCCAGGUUAGUGAGUGCAGGUCAUUUGUCCACCCCGGUUUCACUUUAUGACGUUUGGCGUUAAUGCAGUGACCAAGAGUAUUGCUAGCCCAGCGUGGGACCUCUCUGCCCUCUUCUCUGCCCUACUCCUCCUCCUCUUUUUUUGUUGUUGUUACUGCGGGUCUUGUGUACUUGAGGAUGUGCUAACUCGCUUUCCCUCUUCCCCCUUAAAAGAUAGCUCUUGCAUUUAUUCCAGCUGCGUUUCCCGCCUUGUUGUGUAAGAAGGUGGGGUUGGGUCGCACACCUGUAUGCUUCUGGGAAGGGUCUUCUUCCAACUGGACCGUGGCAAAUAUUACUCUUGAGGGAGUUUGGACUCUGCUGGACACUACAAAGUUCCACAACCUUAGCUGCUGAUAACUCUUCCCAACUUCCUCUCUGCCAUGAUCCCUGAAAGAGGGUUCACUGAGAAGGGUGGGCCCUGUAGGAUGGAAUUCCCCCCCCCCCCAAACCUCUCUCCACCCUUAAUUGUUCUCUCAAUGCCAAUCUGGUUGAAGAUGUGGCUAAGCCCGGCUGGGGAAAAGGAUGAGCCCCUUUGAUUCUGUUGCCCUGCAGUGUCUCAAGCGACCACGCCUAGACACACAUGCCCUCGAUGACACUAAAACCAGGCCACGUUCCAGUGUGCAAAAGCGAAAGGGGAGAACCAGCACGCUGUCCUUCCUCGCUUAACGUGCCCCUUUUUUCGUUUGCUCUAGUUUUUUCCCCUCCCUCCUGAAAUCUCAAGAUUCUUUCAAAGUAGAUGGGUAUUACAGAAUUUUGCUCUUUGAAUUGCACCGUGUGGGGGUGGGGGUAGGGGGGGGGCGAGGGUUGCCCAGGGACCAUGACCUGUUGACACAACUUAAAAAAGUUUUGGGCAAAGGCAGUUUGCUUCCUGCAGCUUGUUAGCGGUGCAAUAUCCUUUUCUUGCUGUGUCCGUCCCGUUCCCCCCCCCCCUUUCAAAUUACAGUAGGUCUUCAUUUUCUGUGACAGGAUUUAUUUGGGCUGCUGUAUACUCAUUUAAUGUAACAAUGCUAUUAUCUAAAUAUUUGUAAAUAAAGUACCUGUAUCUAGACAAAAA